AGGCAGAGGUACCAAGUGCGUGGCCUAUCUGCCAACGUGAACAACGUACUAAUUAUCAGAAAGCAAGCGAGACUGAGAGCCACCCCAAAACACUUGGAGCACGGGAGGAAGAGGAGUGGCGCCAGCAUGGAUAAGGACAGCACAAGCCUGGCUGACCAGCAGUAUGAAUGUGUGGCUGAGAUUGGGGAAGGAGCCUAUGGGAAGGUGUUCAAAGCCCGAGACUUGAAGAACGGUGGCCGCUUUGUCGCUCUGAAGCGGGUACGGGUGCAGACCAGCGAGGAGGGGAUGCCGCUGUCCACCAUCCGAGAGGUGGCAGUUUUGAGGCACCUGGAGACAUUCGAGCACCCCAACGUGGUCAGAUUGUUUGACGUGUGCACCGUGUCACGAACAGACAGAGAGACCAAACUAACGUUAGUGUUUGAACACGUGGAUCAAGACUUGACUACUUACUUGGAUAAAGUUCCAGAGCCUGGAGUGCCUACUGAAACUAUAAAGGAUAUGAUGCUUCAGCUGUUUCGGGGACUGGAUUUUCUGCAUUCACAUCGUGUGGUGCAUCGGGACCUGAAACCCCAAAAUAUCCUUGUAACCAGCAGUGGGCAGAUAAAGUUAGCUGACUUUGGCCUUGCACGAAUCUACAGUUUUCAGAUGGCUCUAACAUCAGUGGUUGUUACUUUGUGGUAUAGAGCUCCUGAAGUUUUGCUUCAGUCCAGCUAUGCAACACCAGUCGAUCUUUGGAGUGUUGGCUGCAUAUUUGCAGAAAUGUUCCGUCGAAAACCACUGUUCCGUGGAAAUUCAGAUGUUGAUCAGCUAGGAAAAAUCUUUGAUGUAAUUGGACUCCCAGAAGAAGAAGACUGGCCUAAUGAUGUUGCCCUUCCAAGAAAUGCUUUCACUUCCAGACCCGCACAACCUAUUGAAAAAUUUGUGCCAGAUAUUGAUGAACUGGGCAAAGACUUGCUUCUUAAAUGCUUAGUGUUCAACCCAACCAAGAGAAUAUCUGCCUAUGUUGCCCUCUCUCACCCAUAUUUCCAUGAUCUGGAGAAAUGCAAGGAGAAUCUGGACUCUCACAUGUCAUCCAGCCAAAACUCUAGUGAGCUGAAUGCAUCAUAAUGCUGACUGAAGAUGAACCAUUAAUGAACAAGAGGCGUAGCUGACAAGGCCACUGUCCCAUACAAACCACGUAGCUGUUCUAGCGAAGAUCAUUAUUUGGAGGUUUUAUGCACUUAUCAUUUAUUUGGGGACUGUGAUAUGCUUAUCCAAGAAAACCAAUCUAGUUUACUUUCAUCAGAGCAACGCAAGGGCCAGUGCUUUGACCUGCUCCCAUUGCAGCUUUAUGUUUGUUUUGUUUUCGUUUUGUUUAUCUACCUGGGAAAACUCCAGACAAAGAGAAGCUGCUGACCAGUUUUGCUGCCAUUUUAUCCUUUUAAUAUCGAAUGCUGCCAGUGUGGAGUAGGAUGAUUGAGUCACUGCCAAAACAUGACGCAGUCUCUCUCUCUAGCUGCUGAAGUAUGAUUUGGUACUUUUUAAACUAUUAUUAUGUGAUCUCUUACAGUGAUAUUUAAAGAAUGGCAUUGAAAUACCAGAUCUCUGCAACCUGCAGUUAACUGAUACGUGCAUUAAUACAUCCAGCUACUGUUCAUUCAUAGCGUAUGUGCAGGUGCUUCCCCACUUGAAAACUUGGAUGGAUUAUUUUAUCAUUUCAUUGCUCUAUAAAAAUAACAGUGAUGAUGGUCAUCAUAAUACAUGUCUCAAUUUUUAGGUUUUUUCACACACAGACGAGUUACUAUCUAGCUACAUUUGUGUGCAUGUUGCAAAAAACAAGUGUUCUAAAAAUCCUCUAGAGUCCUGUUCUUAAAGACUCUUUCGGUUUCCAAAUGGUCAGCUUGUGUUAAAAUCCAGGCACAUUCUAGCCCAUGAUCUAAUCCAUCAUUCCCCUCUGGAAAGAGCUGUAAGCACAUUCGCUUUAUCUCAUUCCAGUUUUUCUGAUAUACAGCUCAAAGACAUGGGCACAGCUAAUGAAAAUCGAUACAGAUUUUCACCUUCAACCUUUUCUGAUCAUCAGCGAAAAAGGAAAAUAGAAAGAAAUUGCCGAUUCAGAAGCAGAGAAUCCUGUACCCGCAAUAAGCACAGAUAUGUAUUUGUGCAGAAUUGAAUGCUGUCUACUGCGCUGCCUUACCUGCAACACCCACCCAUGCAUUAUAAGUCCAUGAAUAUUACUGUCUCAAAAUCCCUCAGAUGUCAUUUAUUAAGCAGAUUUGUCUUCUAUGCAGAAAUGCAUGAGCUUCUCUCCUAAACCACCAUGUGGGUAUACUGGCAUAUGCUUCUCCACUAGGGUUAAUGUGCCAUUAUUGAAUGUCAAAAUAACUAAGCAAUUCACAUGCCUUUAUAGCACAUUUAUUUUAAAUAUUACAUUAAAAUUUUAUAUUUAGUAUUUUUACCUUAACUAAAAUAUAUUUUCAGUAUUUUAAAAAGUUUUUAUUUUUUUAAUACUGUACUGGAGAAAAAGAAAUAUUUUAAAUCCAUAAAAGCUGUUCCCUAGCAUGACUUUCAUUCAUUUAGCUGGAUAUGACUUGGGGGAAAAUAUUGGUCCAAUGAGUUAGCCCUUACCAUAAAACCAUGAAUAUACAUGAUUGCAGUACAACUGAUGAUAAGUGAGGCAGCUAGCUUUGCUUACUCCUGUCAGAGUCCCUUAGGUUUCUCUCUUCCUCAUCUCUAUUUUAUCUAGUCUAGCUAGUGAGCCAGCAUUAUAUCCUCAUUCACAGCAUGCUUGGCAGAAGCAGGUCCUCAGCAGUGAGUUGAGCAAUAUAGUUUUUCCCAGCUGUGGCAUGAGAACUUGUAGCCAUCCCCCUAGCAGGUUUCUCAGCCCUGUGAUAGACUGGCUGUUGUGGCAAACUUCACUGUUAACUCUGUCUGGGAGACGGUCCAUUGCUAGCAUAGUGAGUAGAACUUAUCUGUCUCUUGGAUAAAGCUUUUCCUUAUUGUUAGACAUGUAAGUAUGAGACAUAUGGUUAAAUUAGGUCUGUUUUAAAUAAGCCAGAUUUUAAAAGGACCACUUGCAUGCAUGCGUGCAGUGGCCUGUGCUUUUCUUCAUGCCCAGGAUGAUGCCUGUGUGAAACCUACUAGCAUGAGCAGGCAAGUUGCAAAUUAGGCCUGGCAAGAGCAUGCACAAGGCAUCUGCACACAGAGAUACUGCAGAUGCAAAAGACAAGGAUUUUGGAAGCCCUGCGAGCAGCAAGCUGAAGGCCAGGAAGCAGUCAUGGCAGCUAACCCUCUAACCUUGGCCUUGCCUCUGUCAUUCUCUCUGUUCCUCCAUAGAAGGGUAACUGUGAACUCACUGCCCUGAUGUUGUCCCAGCCCUACUCCUCCAUGUGUCAAUGGACCUGAGUGUGAAUAGGUUUUAACAAUCAUAGAAAAGGAUGGGCCAGAGUGAAAUUUUUGCUAACCAUUUUUAAACACUAACUAGAACAACAAACAGAACCAAAGUUCAGAAGAAUCUUGUGACAGUAACAAACAAGAACAUUUUUGACACAGUUUAGCAUCUUUAAAAAUUUUACCCCAUUUUACCUAGCUCCAGGACAUCAUACAUACUUUAUCAGGGCAUUCAGCUGGUGCAGCUUUCCAGCAGCUGUCAGGGAACUCUCCCAGAAGUCUCCAACAACUAGCAUAGGUGAAAAUGUAGGGGAGGAGAGGGCAUUUUCAAAUUAGGCUCAGAACUCUCAGAUAGAGGUGUGCAUCUGUUCUACGAAGGGAAGAGAACAUUUUAAGCCAAAGGUUAAUGUUGGCCCAAAAACUAAUGAGAAUGUAGAAAUCACAAGGAAGUUAACUACUGAAGCAGUAUUUCUCAAUCAGUAGUAUCAGAAGAAGAGCUCGGAGAGCAGCAGAGAAAAGCAGGAGCUGGCUUAUGGAAUCACAGCAGAGCUUCCACAGCAUGGUGCUGUAUGUUGUCUAAUACAGGAUAAGGUUAUGUGGGGGGAUUUGAGAGAACAGCUUGAGAAGGGCUGCAUUAAUAGUCAUAUUCUGGAAUAUCCAGUGGGAAUGGCAGGAACAAAAAAAGGAACCUAAGUUCUGUCUUGUCAGGUUUAGGGAAAAGACUUAUCUGGUAGGACCAUUGCAGUAGCAAAGUCCUACAUUCCAAGAACCAACAAAUUCUCAAUUGACUUCCCUUCAAAAAUCUCUUUAGGAAGAAAUUCCAUUUGACAUGCCAUAGGCUUGCUCAUAUUCCAGUCUUCCCUGCCAAACCAUGGGGUUUCACUUACACUAGUAAACUCAGAAAGCCUCUUCUCUGGCUGGGCAAAGUGCCGGCACUGGCUAAAAUCAUGGCAAGAAUCAUGCUCAUAAUUAGUACAUACAACUGUGGGACCGUGCUUGAGCAUGUGCCCUUGCUCUUUUUAUUUUACUGGUAUGGCCCUAGUAUUUUGUGUACCUUUACUCAUUACUGCCAUGUAUAGGAUGUUGGAAUUGUGUCAGUGAAAAAGAAAGUGUUUCUGGACACACAUGUUCCAGACUGUGGUGCAAACUCUUCAUGCAUCCUUUAAAUAAGACUUCAGAGUGCAAUUCUUUGUAGCAAUAACUAUGCCUGUAUGUGUUCUACAGGAGCAGUUCAACAGCAGCUAAAAACCACUGAAUAACAAAAGAUACAUAAAAAUAAGUAUAGAUGUUUAGCUUCUAGAGCACCCACAACCAGGCACUGUGCUUUCCUCAGCAGAGAACAGGGUGUUCUUAGUAAUGGAAGGAGUGAUUUCUAUUUCCCACCAACCUUUUUUUUUUAUCACUACUACAUAAUUUUGCAAGAAAAACAGACUCAGUUAUCUAAGGGAAAAAAUCACCAAAGCCAGCUAGUGAAGUGCUAAUUGCAGUACAUCUGAAGCAGCUCUUUUCAGUCUUCACCCUGUCUCCACGCUCAUUCUAGACUUUUAGUUCUUUGCUCAACUUCCUUAUGGAAACAGAUUUCAGUGACACAGGUGCUAUUUCCAACAAGAUUCUUCCAAAUUUUCCAUAGCUACCCAGUAUCAGCGUAUUACCAAGCGUUGCUUCAGUUUAGUCCAGAACUGACAAUUUAGAAAGAUUUCCUUUGUGCACCUCUUUUCUUACCCUUAGUUCUGCAUACAGCUGUGUUGCUUUCUGUGCGCCAAGUAAAAUUCUGCAAAUAGGGUCUGCAUAUUUCUGUGUUGGCUGCACCCACACUCCAGGGUUUUUUCAAGCUGUUAGUCCACAAUGGUAAAUGUUAGAGUACUUUUCUUUGUUGUUUCUGUCCUAAAACACACCAAAAAAAGGGGACAAAAUGUUUGCAAAAUACUGAAAUUUGGUGCUAUGCAUACAGAGCCUUUUACAUGAAAUGAAUCAGUAAACUGUAGUAUUCGAGCAUCUUCUGCAUCAGGGGUGGUACCCAGCAUCAUAAGUAACUCUCGUGUGUUUUUUUACACUCGAUGGUUGUUUCGGUGAAUAAGAAGAAAAUAACUGUGCCAUACUACUUUUCACAGGUUCGCUCACUGUCUUUGAGAAGCAUGUUUUAUUAUACAUAUGAUUCUCUCUGCUGUUAGGUAUUAGGUCAACUUUAAUACGGAAAAUAAAAAGAAAUCAUGGUGGUUUGGUCUUUUAACCAACGAAUUUGGAGCACUUACCAGACUCACAGCUGAAAACACAUCAGUUGUCAAAUAGGUAUAUGAAUCAUAAACCACACAGGUUGGUUUAAAAGGCCACGUAAAUUAAUUAUAUUGCAUGUAUCAGACACAGUUGAAUAAGGAGGAAUUUUAUUCUAAGAACUCUGUUUUAUAGAACCACUUUGCUAGUAUUUUUUCAUAUACAGUAGUUUCAGGAAUAGAUUGAUUUUUAUAUACAAUGUGAAUUAGAAGAUUCUAGGCUAUUAGAAUGAUUUUGCUGUGUUAUGCCUGAAGCUUGAAUGGAACACAAGCUUAGGAGCCUAACAUAUUUAUUUUAUUGCUACAAAACUGCUAAAUACCAAAAUCUUUUUUGAUGUUAAUAGAUUUCACACUUCUCCUAAUGUGUAAAUGAUUAUUUUCUUGAGAUUAGUAUACUAGAAAAAACAUUUUUCCAAGUCUCAGUUGUGUGGGAAAAAUUAAGAAAUGUGUUUCUACUUUCACAGAGAAAAAUAACAUGUUAUAUACUGAAAUCUCCAGUAACUGUCAAUAAGGUAUCUCUUUUGCUUCUUUUUGAUUACUAAGUAUCAGAGUAUACUUUCCAUGAAGGAAAAAAACAAAUCAGAAACAAUCUCAAGAAAAGUAAAUGGGAUUUUAUAUGUUUAACCUUCCAAGUUUCAUUUUCAUACCCAAGUUCUUUGUUCAAGUACAGUUCAGGUGUGCAAAAACAUGACUACAAUUUUAACAGUCUAACAGGCUGUACAACUUAAAUAGAUAUUAUUUGUGAGCUAUUUAUCUCUUUGGUUUUCAAAUUGUUAGAUAAUGGCUGUAAUAUAAUUCUAGUUUCUGGACCAGACUCUGUAACCAUCAACUCCCAGUAAUUUAUGUAAAACAGUAAGAAGCUUUCUCAUAGAUUUAAAUUAACUAGGCCAUUAAAAGAUGAAAGAUGUGGACAUACAAACUGACAAA